GGUGAUGAAGUGCAUGGAAGUUGAAAAGCUAAUUUAGUUUGGGAAAAGGCCGUACAUGAAUUUGACCGCCUCACCACAGAGUUGUUUGGAUGAAAACCGUACAUGUAAGGUAUCAUCAUCUUUAUGAUGUAUCAUAAUCAUCUUCUCAGGAAGAGAACUCAGCUUCUUUCUGCUUGUAAAUUCUAACUCAUUUUGGUUGCUUUUUGAGCAGUUUGGUUUAUACUUUUUUCUGUUCUGAUCGUGCCUUUUGUCUAUAGAUAUUCUCGAUCAUGAAUUCCAUGUGUAUGGGUUAUGAAUCCUGAAAGAAGCUGCUGGUGUGGAGAUUAGUACUAGUCACUAGUUGAAAUUUGUCAGUAUGGUCAGGACAAAAACAGUUCAGGUGUUUGGGUUCCCUCAUCUUGUAACUGCAAGUGAUGCUAAGGUAUGCUUAGAGAGGUAUACAGGUGUAGGUUCUGUGUAUGCCAUAGAGGUAAAGAUGGCUAAAAAGGGAGGAAGAGCAUAUGCUAAAGUCCAAUUUGAUAAAGCCAGCAGUGCAGAAGGAAUUAUAGCUCUGGCCAGUCAAAAUGGAUUGCACUAUGGCUCGUCUUAUUUGAAGGCUUGGGAACUAGAUGCCUAUAUUGUGCAACCUAGAUCAUACAUCCAUAAGAUGGAGAACAUAACUCUAUGCUUUGGGUGCCAAAUAUCAGUAGAACGGUUUUACAAGUUAUGUAGAUUUGAAGAUGUUUCAAUAGAAUUUGGAUAUGGAUUGAAGAAGAUACGCUUCUAUCUAUCACAUCACUUUGUUCGAUACAAGCUUCAACUUUUAUAUGAUCACAUUUGGCAGAUUGUGCUGCAUAGAUCCCCCGCCCAAAACAUUAAAUAUCUUGUCAUACAGUUAGUUGCUGCUCCACGGAUCUACAAGAAAAUAGAAGAAGACACCAUCUAUAGCUUCUUUCAGGAAACUCCAGAUGAUCAGUGGGUGAGGACUACAGAUUUCACACAAAGUUUGAUUGGAGAAUCUUCUGGCUUGUGUCUGGAGCUUCCUAGAGGCGUCAAAUUACCAGAUUUCCGUAAUAAUUUUGUCUUCUACAAUGAAACUGAAAGUCAAUUUAUUCUAGAGCCCGGUUCACGGUUUUCUAGAAAUUUGCAUCUAGUCCCAAUCAUUCAUCCUCCACGAGGAAGUGAAUUGCCAUUCGACUUAGUGUUUAAGAUUAGCAGCUUGGUGCAACAUGGAUGCCUUCCCGGUCCCGUACUGAAUGACAGAUUCUUCCGCUUAGUUGAUCCAAGAUUGGUAAACAUUGAUUGCAUUGAAAAUGCCUUGGAGAAAUUGCUCUAUAUGAAGGAAUGCUGUUAUGAUCCUGUGAUGUGGCUGACUGAUGCAUACCGUAAUUUCAAGCAUCCUCCAAAAUCCGCUUCUAUAAAUCUCGAUGAUGGAUUGGUUUAUGUAAGGAGGGUCCUAGUGACUCCAACAAAGGUUUAUUUUUAUGGGCCCGAGGUAAACCAAUCGAACCGUGUGUUGCGCCAUUACAUUAAUGACAUUGAAAAUUUCCUCCGUGUAUCUUUUGUUGACGAGGAGUGUGAUAAAAUCCAAUCCAUAGAUUUAUCUCAAAGGGGAAUUGGGAAGACAGACAUUUAUAGCAGGAUACUUUUGACACUAAAAAAUGGCAUUGUUAUUGGUGAUAAAAGGUUUGAAUUUCUCGCGUUCUCAUCAAGUCAGUUAAGAGAGAGUUCUGUUUGGAUGUUUGCAUCAAGAGUUGGACUUACAGCUACUGAUAUAAGAGAAUGGAUGGGCAACUUGAAAAAGAUAAAAAAUGUUGCAAAGUAUGCUGCAAGACUUGGUCAAUCCUUUGGUUCUUCUAGAGAAGCUGAAAGUGUUCACAGGAAUGAAAUUGAAAUCGUUCCUGACAUAAUAAAGAUUACUAAACAAGGGACUGAAUAUAACUUCUCUGACGGGAUUGGAAAAAUAUCUUCAGAUUUUGCCGAAAAAGUCGCCAUAGAAUGUGGCCUGGAAAAGUUAGCCCCGUCUGCUUAUCAAAUCCGCUAUGGUGGAUUUAAGGGAGUCGUUGCUGUUGAUCCUUCUUCGUCAAAGAAGUUGUCUUUAAGAAAAAGCAUGUUGAAAUAUGAAUCAAAUAAUGUAAAACUUGAUGUGUUGGCAUGGAGCAAAUAUCAACCUUGUUAUCUAAACCGCCAAUUGGUGACACUCUUGUCAACUCUUGGUAUCAAAGAUGCGGUCUUUGAGUUGAAGCAAAAAGAAGCAGUUGCUCAACUGAAUGAAAUCCUCACCAAUCCUGCAAAGGCAGCCGAGGCUCUUGAGUUAAUGGCUCCUGGAGAAAACACUAACAUCAUUAAAGAGAUGCUUAUGUGUGGCUACAAGCCUGAUGCCGAACCUUUCCUUUCGAUGACUUUACAAACAUUCAGGGCAUUUAAGUUGCAAGAUAUAAGGACCAAGGCACGUAUAUUCAUACCCAGUGCCAGAUCGAUGAUGGGUUGUCUAGAUGAGACCAGAACAUUGGAAUAUGGUGAAGUAUUUGUUCAGUAUUCAGGUGCUGGAUGGAGACAGUCUCUUGUUGAUUCUCUACAUUACAAUGAAACCAGAGAUUGUAAAUACAUUGUCACAGGAAAGGUAGUCGUUGCAAAGAACCCGUGCUUACAUCCUGGUGAUGUUCGUGUUUUGAGAGCUGUUAACGUGCCUGCUUUGCACCAUAUGGUGGACUGUGUCGUUUUCCCCCAAAAAGGGCAGAGGCCGCAUCCAAAUGAAUGUUCUGGAAGCGACUUGGAUGGAGAUAUUUACUUUGUGUGUUGGGACCAAGAUCUCAUUCCGAAGGAAAUGAAACCAGCGAUGGAUUACACCCCUGCUCCAAGCAUGGCAUUGGACCAUGAUGUUACAAUUGAGGAAGUUCAGAAGUAUUUUGCAGACUACAUUGUGAAUGACAGUUUAGGCAUUAUUUCAAAUGCGCAUGUUGUGUUUGCGGACAAAGAAGAUAAGAUGGCAAUGAGUGAACCGUGUCUUGAACUUGCAAAGCUCUUCUCUAUUGCAGUCGACUUCCCCAAGACGGGUGUUCCUGCUGAGAUACCUUACCAUCUGCGCGUCAAAGAAUAUCCCGACUUCAUGGAAAAGCCCGCUGAAAAGACAACUUAUGUUUCGUCAAGAGUGAUAGGAAAGCUAUUUAGGGCGGUCAAACAUAUCACUCCACAGCUGAGCUCUAUCACAUCCUUCACAGUAGAAGUUGCAAAAAAAUCAUAUGAUCCUGACAUGGAAGUGGAUGGGUUCGAAGACUUCAUUGAAGAAGCUUUUAAUUGUAAAACUCGUUAUGACUUCAAGCUGGGCAAUCUAAUGGACUAUUAUGGAAUAAAAACCGAGGCAGAAGUGCUGAGUGGCGGCGUCAUAAAGACUUCAAAGUUCUUUGACCGCAGAAGGGAUGCGGAUGCGGUUAGUUUUGCUGUGAGGGCCUUGAAGAAGGAGGCAAGGUCGUGGUUCAAGAAAGGAAGUGAGUCGGCCGAGGACUUAUUGGCAAAGGCAUCAGCUUGGUACCAUGUCACUUAUCACCAUACAUAUUGGGGUAACUACAAUGAGGAUAUGAACCGCGCCCACUUCAUCAGUUUCCCAUGGUGUGUCUAUGACAAACUUAUUCAGAUCAAGAGGGCCAAAACAGGAAAUAGGGCUCUCCGUUUGACAUCGACUGAACAUCAAAGAAAUAAUGUGCAUGAUUCAUCUCACGUAUUAGAAAAACCACAUGUGGAGAUAUGUGAGAAUGUGAAUUAUGCGGUGCAACCGGUGAAGAUACUAGAUAGACAAGUAAAGAAUUUGAGAAGUAAAGAAGUUCCAAUGGUUAAAAUCCUUUGGAAGACUGAUCGGGUCGAAAAAGAGACUUGGGAAACUGAAGCUUUGAUGAGGAAGCAGUACACAUUUCUAUUUGGGUAGUGUUGAAAAUCCUGUUCAGUGGGUGAACUUUUGACACCGCCCCCGGAUGUACUCGAAUUUUCUAUUCUUGGUUUAAUUAAUGUGUUUGAAAUUUCUAUUGUUGAUCAAUUGUAAGUCCAUUAAAGAUUUAAAUAAUAAAUUAUUAAUUAAAUUGCUUACUGGGCCCAG